UGUCGGCGAGUGUGAGGAGUUAGCGAGUGGGGGUCGCUGUGUGAGGGGCGCCCCGCCCCGCCCCGCCCCGCCAUGAAGUCCCGCUUCAACACCAUCGACAUCCGGGCCGUGCUGGCCGAGCUCAGGGACAGCUUAUUGGGAAUGAGAGUAAACAAUGUCUAUGAUGUGGAUAAUAAGACAUAUCUUAUUCGCCUUCAAAAGCCAGACUGUAAAGCUACACUUCUCAUUGAAUCUGGUAUACGGAUUCACACAACAGAGUUUGAGUGGCCAAAGAAUAUGAUGCCAUCUGGGUUUGCAAUGAAGUGUCGUAAGCAUUUAAGGAGUAGAAGACUUGUCAGUGUAAAACAGCUGGGGAUAGACAGAAUUGUAGACUUUCAAUUUGGAAGCGAUGAAGCAGCCUAUCAUCUCAUUGUUGAGCUUUACGACAGAGGAAACAUUGUUCUGACAGACUAUGAAUACUUAAUUUUAAACAUCCUGAGGUUUCGCACAGAUGAGGCAGAUGAUGUCAAAUUUGCAGUUCGGGAACGGUACCCAGUUGAUAACGCUAAAGCACCUGCACCAUUACCUACCUUGGAAAGGUUGACUGAAACAAUAUCAAAUGCACCUAACGGGGAACUGCUAAAGAGGGUCCUUAACCCACAUCUUCCUUAUGGAGCCACGCUUAUUGAGCACUGCCUUAUAGAAGCUGGAUUGUCUGGUAAUGCCAAAGUAGAUCAACAGAUGGGAAGCAAAGAAAAUAUUGAAAGGGUACUUGCUGCUUUACACAAGGCAGAAGAAUAUAUGAAGAUAACUAACAACUUUAGUGGGAAGGGUUAUAUCAUCCAGAAACGUGAGAAAAAGCCAAGCCUGGAGCCAGAUAAACCCGCAGAAGAAAUCCUCACAUAUGAGGAAUUUCAUCCUUUCUUGUUUUCUCAACAUUUAAAGUGUCCGUACAUGGAAUUCGAAUCAUUUGAUAAGGCAGUGGAUGAAUUUUACUCCAAGCUAGAAGGUCAGAAGAUUGAUUUGAAAGCUUUGCAACAGGAAAAACAAGCACUGAAGAAGCUGGAAAACGUUCGUAAAGAUCAUGAGCAUAGACUAGAAUCUCUUCAUCAAGCUCAGGAAAUUGAUAAGGUCAAAGGAGAACUCGUAGAAAUGAACCUGGACAUAGUUGAGCGAGCUAUCCAGGUGGUUCGCAGUGCGUUAGCCAACCAGAUAGACUGGACUGAAAUUGGAGCAAUUGUAAAAGAAGCUCAGGUUCAAGGAGACCCUGUUGCGAGUGCAAUCAAAGAAUUAAAGCUUCAGACAAAUCAUAUCACAAUGCUACUAACAAACCCGUAUGUAUUAUCGGAGGAGGAGGAGGAGGAAGGUGACGAAGCUGAUCAUUGGAAAGAAAUUGAAGAACCAAAGGGGAAGAAGAAAAAGCAUAAGAAUAAACAGCUGAAGAAACCUCAGAAAAACAAGCCAUUGUUGGUUGAUGUUGAUCUCAGUUUGUCUGCAUAUGCCAAUGCUAAAAAAUAUUAUGAUCAUAAGAGACAUGCUGCCAAAAAAACACAGAAGACAGUAGAAGCUGCAGAGAAGGCAUUCAAAUCAGCAGAAAAGAAGACAAAGCAAACAUUGAAAGAAGUUCAAACAGUUACCACCAUUCAGAAAGCAAGAAAAGUUUAUUGGUUUGAGAAGUUCCUGUGGUUUAUUAGCUCUGAAAAUUACCUCAUUAUAGCUGGAAGAGAUCAACAGCAGAACGAAAUGAUUGUGAAGCGAUAUUUGAAAUCAGGAGAUAUAUAUGUGCACGCUGACCUACAUGGUGCAACUAGCUGUGUAAUCAAGAAUCCUACAGGUGAGCCGAUCCCUCCCCGUACCCUGACUGAGGCAGGCACCAUGGCAUUAUGUUACAGCGCUGCCUGGGAUGCUCGUAUCAUCACUAGUGCUUGGUGGGUCUAUCAUCACCAGGUGUCUAAAACAGCACCAACUGGAGAAUAUCUAACUACAGGAAGCUUCAUGAUAAGAGGGAAAAAAAACUUUCUUCCACCUUCAUAUCUUAUGAUGGGGUUUAGCUUCUUAUUUAAGGUGGAAGAAUCUUGUGUUUGGAGACACAGAGACGAACGAAAGGUCAAAAUGCAGGAUGAGGAUAUGGAGUCUGUGACCAGUAGUACCAAUGAACUGGUGUCAGAAGAAGUGGAGCUACUAGAAGAAGCACCAGAAGGAGAUGAUAGCAGCACUGAUGAUGAGAAGGCACUGCCUCAAGAAAUGCCUGAUGGUAUUGAAGUCAGGGCUGACAGUAACCUCGAGGAGGAUGUUGCUCACGAAGACAAGGAUGGAAUAAACAAGCCACCAGCACAAGAGGAAACCUCUGAAGAUGAUGAUAUAGAAUCUGAAGAAGAGGCUGAAGGUCAGGAGCUGAUGAGUGAAGUGAAGGAGGAGGAGAUAAAUUAUCCAGAUACUGCAAUCGACCUGUCACAUCUUCAGCCACAAAGUCUUCACAGAUCCCACCAGAAAAUGCUUACAAAAGAGGAAGCAUCUAACCUGAGUGACAGUAAGUCACAUGGGCGAAGACACUUGUCAGCCAAGGAGAGAAGGGAAAUGAAGAAAAAGAAGCAGCAACAUGAUAUAGAGGAUUUAGAACCACCUGAAGGAAAGGAAAGAGAGACCAGCACGCAGCCCCCAUCUUCUCCUGGUUCAAGCAAGAGCAUGUCAGCCCCUCAGCCCAUGAAACGAGGACAGAAGAGUAAAAUGAAAAAAAUGAAAGAGAAGUACAAGGACCAGGAUGAAGAAGAUCGAGAGCUCAUAAUGAAGCUAUUGGGUUCUGCAGGGUCAAGCAAAGAAGAAAAAGUGAAGAAAGGUAAAAAAGGAAAAAUAAAAGAAGACUCAGUAAAGAAACAAGCCCAGAAACCAAAGAGUGGCCAUCGGGUUGAUGCAGGUCGUAAAGAAGAAACCUCCUCGGUAGAAGUAUUAACACAUGAGUUCCAGGACACGGCUCUGGAAGAUCAGCAGGAGGAGAAGGAGGAACAGGAUCAAGAUCAACAGGAAAAUGAGGAAGGAGAGAGACUGCUAAAUUCUUUGACAGGCCAGCCUCACUUGGAGGAUAUCCUCCUCUUUGCUAUACCAAUCUGUGCACCGUACACUACCAUGACAAACUAUAAAUAUAAAGUGAAGCUCACUCCAGGCACCCAGAAGAAAGGAAAAGCUGCCAAGACUGCUUUGCAUAAUUUCAUGCAUUACAAAGAAGCUACAGCAAGAGAAAAAGAUUUAUUUCGCAGUGUGAAGGAUACUGAUUUAUCAAGAAAUAUUCCUGGUAAAGUGAAAGUGUCUGCACCUAAGCUCCUGAACAUGAAAAAGAAGUGAGCGUUGGUCAUAAAUCAUGGACAUGUGUUUGAACUGCCACUACUACUUCAGAAGAGGACAGUGACAAACCUGCCACCUGGACCUCUUCAAAUUUUGCUAAUAAAGUAAAAUAGCUCUAAUCAGUUGGACUAAAUUUUUAAGAGGCAGAGAUGAACUGUUUCCUGCAUCUGACCCUGGCCUAGAUCUAUUUGUAUGGACUUUAAAUUACAUGUAGCAUGUGACUCCUCUAAAGUGCACAAGUAAAGUACUACUGGCCUUAGUUGUCAAAGGCGAGACUGAUUUUGGACUGAUCCUCUUGCUAAUGCUGGGAGGACUGGCACAGACCCAGUCCGUCCUCUCAUUACUUCCUGCUCUAGCUUAUGCUGUAGCAAAGUCCUGCUGCUUGUUCGUUCCAGCUCUCCUUUGGCAAAGGCUGGGCUUUAAACAUACGACCCUGUUUGGAGCCCUCUUUCUAGUCAGGACAUUGACUGUAUUAAUCUGCUCCCACUUAACAGUGUCAUGUUUGGGAGUGAAGAUAAUUUGACUGUACAGGCUUUUGAUAAACAUUAUCUAUCUGUCAUUGCUAAGAAAAGUCCUGCAAGGACAUAAAUCCAAGUCUUGCUUCUGA